CUCCUCCUGUGGAUUUGGGUCUGGAGAGAGAAGCUGAAAACAACUUGUGUCUGACUCGGAGGCGUGGGAGUGGCUAACAGCGGUGUUAGGUUUUAAAUCCACACGUGGUCUGACUCUGCGGCUUGUUUAGCACCGCACUCAAAACUAGAAACUUCUGACCGACUCAUGCCAGCGAGUUGCCCACGUCUAUCUCUGCGGGGGCGGACGUGAUCGGACGAAGACUGUUUUUGAUAACACGGCUAAGAAGAAGAAGAAAAAAAAAUGCCUUCUUACCCCCUCAGCCAGUUCAUGGACCUGGAAGAGAUGAUGUGCAAGCAGUUACUGAAUCUGGAUUUGAGGGAGCAGAACAGACCACCGCCUCCCCUCAGCCUGGCAAUGAGAACACCAGGUUAUCUCGGCCAGCCACGUAACAACACAUCAUUCUCCCUCUCGUCUCUCUCCUGCCUCCCUGCUGAUCCUUCAGACGGCUUAUUCCAGACCUCCAGCCAGUGGGGGCAGCAGCCAGAAAGCCCUCAGCCCUCUCAGCUCGCCAAUUCCACCCAGUGGGGCAAGGCGGGCUUCCUGGCCCAGCGCUCCAUCAGCAUGGUAGAGACCGGCAGCACCACAGCAGCAAGUCUAGGCUGGCCCGGGGCUGACAUGAAGCACUCCCAAUGUGACAUCAGCCCCACUGCACUGACCACCAGCUCCUCCUCAUCCACCUCCUCUGUUUCCUCUUCCUCAUCACGUUAUAAGACUGAACUUUGUCGAUCUUUCACUGAGAGCGGCCUCUGCAAGUAUGGGGGGAAGUGUCAGUUUGCUCAUGGGAUGGACGAGCUGCGGGAUCUCAACCGGCAUCCGAAAUACAAAACUGAGCCGUGUCGCACGUUUCACACCAUCGGCUUCUGCCCAUACGGUAUGCGCUGCCACUUUGUCCAUAACAAUGAGGAGGAAAAGAAGCACGCCUCCUUCUCUCGUUCCUCCUCGUCCUCUUCCUCCUCCUCAAGCAUUAGUCAGCAGCCACCUUCCUCCUCUCGCCUGCACAGACCUCCUCUUGUCAGACAGAGCUUCAGCUUCGCUGGGUUUCCCUCUUCUAUCCAGCAGCCCAUUCAGCCUGCCCUUACUGCUCAUCUUCCUCCUGCCAGUGCUUCUUUCACAUGUGCUCCACCAGCUUCUCCUCCUUCCUGCGCUGACAUUACCGACCUCCUGUCUCAUGCCUUCCUGGAGAUGGACUUCGAGGCCUCCCCUGCCUACCAGCCACCCAUGGGCCAGGCCGCUACAGCAGAUACCCGCUCUCCAUUCCUGCCCUCUCCAGACUCCGGCUGUUCUCCAUGUGGGCCAUCUCCGAAUGCCUCCCCUUCUCUGAGACAGAGUCCCAGUGCCAUCGGAGUCUUCCCAGGACCGUUAGGUGCAAGAUCCCUGUCUUACACUUCUCUGUCAGAUCAGGAUCAGGAUGGAAGCAGCUCUGCCAGCUCGCUCAGUGGCUCUGAUUCCUGCGGAGGCAUCAUCGAUGCCAGCAGCAGACGUCUGGCAGUAUUCAGUCAGCUCUCCGUGCCUGAGGAUGCUACUGGGUUCUGCCUUUAGACUGGAACACAGACACACACAUUCGACAUGCAGACCCUGAAUACUCUGUCGAGACUCAAUAUAUGCUGCACCACACAAUGCUCGCACACACACGACCCUUAUAAAUGCACAGCUACUACACACAGCUACUGGACUGAGACCUCACACGUUCCUUGCACCUGUGUGGCGUCGAAGGAAACAAAGACUUUGUGAUUGACUGUUAACGCUCAGAGAGAUUGGCCUGUUAGAUUCAUGUGGUUAAAAUGUCACUGGCAUACAUGCGUAAGGGAAGCCACAGUGAUACCGAAACUAAAAUGUGUGUUGCCACCAAAACGGCGUUCAUAUCAAGAGAGAAGUUUAAUAGCGUUGGAAGUUAUUGAUGCAUUAUCACAACUCUACGUUGAGAUGGCAAAGAUAAUGUAAUCAGUGUGAUUGGCCGAUGAGUGCCUCUUGUUUUUGAAGUCCAACCACACCAUUUUUAUGACAUCAUCUUGUGACUGAUCUAAAGAAUGUGACAAAGCCAAAGACAUCUGUUUUGUAGCUCAGUGGUACAAACACACAAUGUGACCUUUUUGUUUAUGAACUGUUGUUUUGCCACUAACUGUCCACAGUAUUGUCUUCAUAAGCUGGUGAAGUAUGUCUCCCCCCCCCCUCACAACUGUACAGUCUUGAGGUCAUGUUUAGAUCACUGGCCUCGUACCUGAAUGUUUUAAACAAUUGCCCGUAGCGUUAUUGAACAGGCCGUGUUACUUUGUUGAAGCUGGUUUGUUAGGAGAGAUGUGACAAGGGGUGAGAGUCUGUUUUUGUUUUUUUUUGUUUUUCAAAUCAAGCAAGUUAGUGUGAGUUCUCUGUUCUUUGUCUCGUGUGCCAAACGACCAAAGGUAAGCUACGAUUACUCAGAUUGAACCGAACAACAAAGCCCAAGUGUGCCUGAUCAGACUUUUACAAAUCUGAUGUCCAUGACAUAUCUCUAAUUUAUUAGUGUCGAUAUGUGUUAGCACAAACAGUUAGCAUUGCGGAAAAGCGAUAAAGAUGGACCAAAAACGCCCUAAGUGAGAUGCCGUCACGUUCUUCUGCAUCUUGUUUUGUUAAACUGAUUUAAUUUGAACAUGGCUUGAAUUACAAAUCACCUUAUUGUGUCAUGCACCUGUUUGGUGAAAGUCCUGUUUACCUCUGGCAUGCUACCUAAAAACAACUUUGUGUUUGUUGUAUUGUACCUUAAACAUUCCCAGGAGUGGCUCCCUCCCCCCCUCAUCGACAGGCAGCACCAAUGUUCCAUUUUUGAUAAUAUUCAUGGUUCCAUGCCUCUCACCCCACUCACCUUAUUUCAUAUCUCCUUCAGUAUUGACUCCUGUUACAGUUUUGUACUGUUAGGAAUGUGUAGCGUCCUGGUCACACAUGAGUGAACUGUGCGCCCAGUUCUGUUGCCCUAUGGAGCUAGGUCCAGCGCUCUGUAGGGUUAAGGGUAUGUAUGCUUAGCGUUAUAGAAGUUUUACUGGGCUGUUUUGUGUGUUUAUGAUGUAGUCGGUUAGGAGAACAGACACCAUGCUGUUACUGGUCUAUUUAAAAAUUGCCUUUUCAUCAACAUGUUUGAGGCCUGUUUAGUGUUAAAGGUGAUAAUCUUUAGUAAAUUAAUUUCUUUAAUUUAUUUUAACGUAUUUAUAGAGGACUGAGUUGUUAAUGCUUGUAUCAAGUUUAAUAUAUUUGUUUUGCUUUUUGCUUUUUUUUUGUACUGGAAAUAAAAUUGUUGUUUUUUUUUUUACUGAC